AUGGUUGCAUCCUUAGUUGUAUUAAUUUCUGGUUCAGGAUCGAAUCUUCAGUCAAUAAUUGAUGCUACACAAAAUGGAAUUUUAAAAGGAGAAGCUAUUGUCAGUCAUGUGCUGUCUAAUCGCAAAAAUGCGUAUGGACUAGAACGGGCAUCAAAAGUCGGAAUUCCAACGUCAGUGCAUCCUUUACUUCCUUAUAAAAAAGAAUACGGGAAUGAUCUUGGUCGGAAUAAGUACGACACGGAUUUGGCAGAGAGAAUUAUCGCUUUGAAGCCUUCAUUGGUUGUCUGUGCAGGUUGGAUGCACAUUUUGUCUCCCGAGGUUCUAGGCCCAUUAGAAAGACGAAACAUUGGAAUCAUAAAUCUUCAUCCUGCUCUUCCUGGUGCCUUUAACGGGAUCCAUGCGAUUGAGCGAGCUUUCGAAGCUGCCCAACAAGGAAAAAUAACAAAAACAGGGGCUAUGGUACACUGGGUCGUUACGGAGGUAGAUGGAGGAAAACCCAUUUUGAUUCAGGAAAUUCCUAUAGAAUCUUCAGACACCGUUGAAACCCUAGAAGACAAGAUUCACGGUGUGGAACAUAAAAUUCUCGUUGAAGCCAUCCAUAAUAUCAUUUCUACGACUAGCGAUACCUAA